AUGCUCUCGCAUUUAUCUCUCCUAGCGCUGCUUUCCUCGCCAGCUUUCUCAGCUACACUGUCUCGUAGGGACGCUGCUUUCCAGAACGUUCCCGACCAUGCUACAACACCCGACAAUAAAUAUACUGAAGGAGACAUCUCUACAUCUUCUAGUAAUCAAUAUUUCAUUGAUAUCGAGAGGCAGAACUUGGCGAAAGGCAUAGCCUCGCCAGUACCACCCGAGAUAUAUGGAGCUCGGUCUAUCGACAUUCCGUUUGCACUUCUGAAUUUCGGCAACGUCAAUUUUUUCAAGAAUGGGCAGUUCGCAGAUCCUGAGCCUGCCGAUACCGAUCCAUGGGAUCCAAAUAAAACUGAUUACUCGAGCAAUUCUGCAUGUGGCAUACCGGAUAACGGUAAGCAAUCCAUGACCCAGCACAAUCCUCCGACUCCAUUAUCGCCCUCCUCAACCUCAGGAACGAUUUCUCCACAUCCGCGACCCAUCACCAUCAGAACCUACUGGGUAUCGCACGUAGCCAUUCAUCCUUAUUGGCUCAAAUAUGCCCCCGAAAACCUCGGUCUCUCCCGAUACUGCAUGCAAGACGUCUGUCUCAGCCUCUGGAAUAACACCGGCACUCCCAUCAAAGGCGCCGCGGACAUCCAAGUCAAAGUCACCGACAUCUGCUCGACCGACCCCAAAGACCCCAACUACUGCGCCACUCCCGCCGACAUCAUGAUCGACCGCCGUAAAGCCAUGCUCCUAUGGCACGACACGACGGCCAAAACCGAGGAAGAAAGCGCCGCCUUGAAAAAUGGCAAGGCCUACCCCAACAAAAUCUUCUGGUACUUCUCGAAAUGCAUACAGGAUGGGUUGCCUCAGCAAUCGUACAACCACUCGGGGAAUUGGUUCGCGGAGCCGCCUUUGCCGCUGAAUACUUUGUGGGGCCAGCAAAAGACGACGGGACAGCAUACUAAUAAUGUGGAGCAUGGGGCGUAUAAGAAGGCGGGUCUGCCGGAAUAUGCCAUGGGUGCGUGGUUGACCAAUGAUACGCUGAGGGAUGAGAGAGUUUUUAAGAUACCCGAUGGCUGGGAGACGGAGGUGCCGGAGUGGUGUCCUGUUGCUGGCGGCAAGGGUCAUGGACAUCCCACUGGGAAGGCUUGUACUGGGUCGGCGACUGCGGUAGUGCAGAGGAGGGGUUGGUUGAGUUGGUUCGCUUGA